CUUAUUUCAUAUCACGCUCUUCACGAGGAUCAAUUUUGCGCAGGAUUACUCCUACUUUCUGCGUUGGUGUCUGGUUCAAAUUAAUAUCGAGUUGUCCUAGCAUGCCACUAAAUAGACAUGUCUUGCCAGAGAUAAAAAACAGCAAAGAUGUCUGACACCAUAUUUAGCGUUGACAUGAACCCUUUCUAAAAAUCAUACUGCCAACCACCCAAUGAUGCAAAACCAAAAGAGCAGAUCACAGCUACGUUUUCCAUAGAAAGUUCAAAUACUAAAAUAUUCAGGAGGUUCAAACAUGAUAACUGAUGAUGAUGUGGUCGGAGUUGUUUCUGUACAGGUCUUUUUCCCUCGCUCAGGCUUUGGCAUGUUUGGUAUUGGAUUUUGUUUGCGAGCAGCUCAAUUGUGGGUUGGGCAAGGUCUGGCGCAGAAUUGAUUCUCGUAUGAGGACAUAACGUAAGCUUGCGUUGGCCGUAUGGGCAGUAUUUGCGGAAGAAAGAAUAAUUUCAACAGCGAAACACAGUGAACAGUCCACUAUGCUUGGUGUUGGAUUCAAAGCAGAGCGACUUCGAGUUAAUCUUCGGCUGGUCAUCAACCGGCUUAAACUCCUUGAGAAGAAGAAAACCGAGCUCGCUCAGAAAGCACGGAAGGAAAUUGCAGAUUACUUGUCGUCGGGGAAGGAUGAAAGAGCACGGAUCCGGGUGGAACAUAUCAUCAGAGAGGACUACCUGGUGGAGGCCAUGGAGAUUCUUGAGCUGUACUGUGACCUGCUGCUUGCUCGUUUUGGCCUCAUCCAGUCCAUGAAGGAACUUGACCCUGGCCUGCAAGAAGCAGUGUCCACUCUCAUCUGGGCUGCUCCUCGCCUACAGACUGAAGUCUCUGAACUGAAGAUUGUGUCUGACCAGCUGUGUGCCAAAUACAGCAAGGAAUAUGGCAAGUUGUGUAGGACAAACCAGAUUGGAACUGUCAAUGACAGGCUGAUGCACAAGCUGAGUGUGGAGGCCCCUCCAAAGAUCCUAGUGGAGCGCUACCUCAUUGAGAUUGCCAAGAACUACAAUGUGCCAUAUGAGCCAGAUGCUUUGGUCAGGCCUGAGGUCUGCCCAGGUGAGGAAGCUGACCUUAUAGAUGUGGACAUUGACAGUAAGAAGCCAGGGGGUGGAGGUGGGGGUGGUGGAGGGUUCACUGCACCACCUGCUGCCAUACCUACGUCGAUGCCAAUGCCCAUGCCCACUGCCUUUAACUACCCAUCUCCCAAAGGAUCAGAGCCCUUCGUUGGCCCUGUGGGCACCUACGAUGGCUUUAGCAACUUCCAGCCUCCAAUAAGAGGAGGGCAGCCACCACAACUGCCCAGCAGUCCCCCUACCUAUGAGUCCAUCAAUGAAUUGUCUCGCAAACCUUCUGUUCCUCCCCAGGAAUCUGGUCCUGGCCCCUCCUCCCAGAUCUAUGACAACACUGCCCUUCCUGAGCUGCCCUCAGUUCCUGACACACUUCCUGCUUCUUCCUUUGGUGGAAAUACUGCACCUUCAGAUGACAUCGACUUUGAUGACUUGUCACGACGUUUUGAGGAACUGAAGAAGAAAACUUAAUUCUAAAAUAUCCCCAGAAUUCUGUAAUCUGUUAAUGCAGCUAUCUGCAAAGGGUAAAGCACUGGUCAAUUUAGGAAAUGAAUUCUGUCUUGAAGUUACUAUCUUUCUUCUUAUAACCGAUCCCGAUCUUAUGUCAUUUUAAGACAAAAAGGUUUCUUACUAAUAGCAGGGGAGGUUUUUAAUGACAUUAAGCUUGUCUUUAGAAGGAGAUUCAAUGUGAAGGAAAAUCUUACUGAUAGUUAAAAUCAUCUCUUAGCUGUCAGUACCAAAACCUUUUAAAUCCAAGCUGAUCAAGAUGGCAUCAUACGGGAACUUUUUCAGUAAGCAGUUUGGAUGUGUAAUGACCUUUUUAAUAGCAUCUGCUUUAACUUAUAGUGCUAUUUGUAGAAUAGUUGUAAAGCUAAGUCAGCAUGCCUAGUCAUGUGGAAAUACAGUUGAUAACCAUGAUGCAAAUAUCUUGGCAUGGAAAGCUAGCUGCAAAGGACACAAACUGUGGGAACGACAAAUAUGAUACUCCAAAUAGGCUGUGCAUCCACUUUGCAGCACAGCUGUGAACCCAGAAUAACUCAAUGUUCCAGCUUGCAUCUGGUGGUUUUCAACCAUUUUUUUCAAUUUGUCAGUUUUAGGAGUAAUUAUACCUGAUGUUUUUCAGAGCCCAGUCUUAAAUGUAUAUCACUCUUUCAGGUGCUAUCACAUUAAUGGGCUUUUAUCUAUUAAACAUGAAUAUGCAUGUUUAUGUAAAGAAUGAAAAUUGAUGAAGGAAUGGUUUCUAUAAGAGUGAAAUAGCCUCUAGGACAGCAUUUUCUAUAUAAGUAUGGUACUGGGGAACUCUUUAUUAAAUGUAUCUGAAAUGGCCAAUCAGACUAGCCUGCUAUUAGGAAUAAUCAAAGGUAAAGGUGGAAAGGAUAGCUCUCCGUUACUUACUAUGGCUAGCUUGCAUCAGAUUGCACUGAACUGGUGACAUACAAAACUGUAAACAUUUGUGAAGUUAUAGAGGUGGGAGGUGCAGUGAUUAAUUUUGUAAAACAUGGGGUAGUGUUAGAUUAUUACCCACUGGAAUGACUGUUUUAUCUGUACAAUGCUGAGAAGAUGAAGUUAUAUGACUGCCACAGCAUAAAAUGUAUACUGUAUGUCACUAUAUAUGUUUCCUGUUUUCCUAAGCUGUCUUUACUAAAUAUUUAUGUUUUCAGAUCCACGUAAGAUCAUUUCAUAUGUUGACAUUUUUAGUUAUAGAGAGGAAAAAACAUUCUAAUUCUAAAAGACAACACAGGGUGAAUUAUCAAAAAUUCUGCAUUACAGCAAAGGGUGUCAAGUAAUCUGAACGUUUAUUAGAGUGUACAAUAGAAAAGAGAUAAUUAAGAUGCUGUGUUGAUAGUAGACUGACCACACAGAAUGAUAUUGUGUCAUACCACCCUUAGUUUGUGUUAGCUAUCCUCCAUAGCUAGCCUUUGCAUUUCAUAUUU